AUGAUCGCCGCCCAGCUGCUGGCCUACUACUUCACCGAGCUCAAGGAGGAUCAGGUCAAGAAGAUUGAUAAAUACCUUUACGCCAUGCGGCUCUCCGACGAAACGCUGAUCGACAUUAUGGCUCGCUUCAGGAGGGAGAUGAAGAACGGCCUCUCCCGAGACUUCAACCCCACGGCCACGGUGAAAAUGCUUCCCACUUUCGUGAGGUCCAUCCCUGACGGCUCAGAGAAAGGAGAUUUCAUUGCUCUGGAUCUUGGUGGUUCUUACUUUCGCAUUCUGCGGGUGAAAGUGUCGCACGAAAAGAAGCAGACGGUACAAAUGGAAAGCGAAAUCUAUAACACACCUGAAGAUAUCAUGCACGGCAGCGGGACACGGCUUUUUGAUCAUGUUGCUGAAUGCCUGGGAGACUUCAUGGAGAAACAACAAAUCAAAGACAAGAAGUUACCCGUUGGGUUUACGUUCUCUUUCCCGUGCCGACAAUCCAAGCUAGAUGAGGGUGUUCUGAUAACCUGGACGAAGCGCUUCAAAGCAAGCGGAGUGGAGGGAGCAGACGUUGUGAAGCUGCUUAACAAGGCCAUCAAGAAACGUGGGGACUACGAUGCAGACAUCAUGGCUGUUGUGAACGAUACUGUCGGGACGAUGAUGACCUGCGGCUUCGAUGACCAGCGUUGUGAAGUUGGCUUGAUCAUUGGCACUGGCACCAACGCCUGUUACAUGGAGGAGAUGCGGCACAUAGACCUGGUGGAAGGGGACGAGGGCAGGAUGUGCAUUAACACGGAGUGGGGGGCCUUCGGAGAUGACGGUUCACUAGAGGACAUCAGGACCGAGUUCGACAGAGAGAUCGACCGCGGAUCCCUAAAUCCUGGGAAGCAGCUGUUUGAGAAGAUGGUCAGCGGGCUGUACAUGGGGGAGCUGGUGAGGCUCAUCCUGGUGAAGAUGGCCAAGGAGGGGCUGCUCUUUGAAGGGAGAAUCACCCCCGAGCUUCUCACCAAAGGGAAGUUUGAGACAAAGCAUGUUUCUGCCAUAGAAAAGAGCAAAGAAGGUUUGAACAAAGCCAAAGAAAUCCUAACCCGCCUGGGGGUGGAGCCGUCCCACGAGGACUGUGUGGCGGUCCAGCACGUCUGCACCAUCGUGUCCUUCCGCUCGGCCAACCUGGUGGCCUCCACGCUGGGCGCCAUCCUCAACCAGCUGCGAGACAACAAGGGGGUCGGCCGCCUCCGCACCACCGUGGGGGUCGAUGGCUCCCUCUACAAGAUGCACCCACAGUACGCUCGGCGCUUGCACAAAACCACCCGGCGCCUGGUGCCCGACUCGGACGUGCGGUUCCUGCUGUCAGAGAGCGGCAGCGGGAAGGGGGCAGCGAUGGUGACGGCGGUGGCGUACCGGCUGUCAGAGCAGCACCGGCUGAUCGACGAGACGCUGGCCGAGUUCAAGCUCACCCACGAGCAGCUGCUGCAGGUGAAGAAGAGGAUGAGGACGGAGAUGGAAGCGGGCCUGAAGAAGAAGAGUCACGAGACUGCCAAAGUGAAGAUGCUGCCCACCUUCGUCCGCAGCACGCCGGAUGGGACAGAGAACGGUGACUUUCUGGCACUUGACCUUGGAGGGACAAACUUUAGAGUUUUGCUGGUGAAAAUUCGCAGUGGUAAAAGGAGAACAGUAGAAAUGCACAACAAGAUCUAUGCAAUUCCUAUAGAGGUGAUGCAGGGAACGGGAGAAGAGCUGUUUGAUCACAUCGUUACCUGCAUUUCUGACUUCCUGGAUUAUAUGGGAAUAAAAGGUGCACGGCUUCCUCUCGGCUUCACGUUUUCCUUCCCUUGCAAGCAGACCAGUCUAGAUGCUGGUAUCCUCCUCAACUGGACAAAAGGCUUCAAGGCUACAGACUGUGAGGGAGAAGACGUGGUGUAUUUGCUUAGAGAAGGAAUUAAAAGAAGAGAGGAGUUUGACUUAGAUGUGGUGGCUGUGGUGAACGAUACGGUGGGCACGAUGAUGACUUGUGCUUAUGAAGACCCAAACUGUGAAAUUGGACUCAUUGUGGGAACUGGCAGCAACGCCUGCUACAUGGAAGAGAUGAGAAACGUAGAGAUGGUGGAUGGUGAGCAAGGACGGAUGUGUGUGAACAUGGAGUGGGGAGCGUUCGGGGAUAAUGGAUGCCUGGACGAUAUCAGGACGAUAUAUGACAAAGCGGUUGAUGACUUUUCACUAAAUGCUGGAAAGCAAAGGUAUGAGAAAAUGAUCAGUGGGAUGUACCUGGGGGAAAUAGUCCGCAAUAUUCUGAUCGACUUCACCAAGCGGGGGUUCCUGUUCAGAGGCCAGAUUUCAGAGACGUUGAAGACCAGGCAUAUCUUUGAAACCAAGUUCCUUUCACAGAUCGAGAGCGACAGGUUAGCUUUGCUUCAGGUGCGAACCAUCCUCCAGCAGCUGGGGCUCAACAGCACCUGCGACGACAGCAUCAUCGUCAAGACCGUGUGUGGAGCAGUGUCGAAGCGAGCAGCUCAGUUGUGCGGGGCUGGCAUGGCUGCAGUUGUAGAUAAAAUUCGGGAGAACAGAGGAUUAGAGCACCUGGAGAUUACGGUUGGUGUGGACGGGACGCUGUACAAGCUACACCCACACUUUUCGAGGAUUAUGCACCAAACAGUCAAAGACCUGGCACCCAAGUGCGACGUGACCUUCCUGCUUUCGGAAGACGGCAGUGGGAAAGGGGCAGCGCUCAUCACGGCGGUGGGAUGCAGGCUUCGUGAUGCCGAGCAGAACUGAACUCCACAACCCCGGCCCUGAUUCUGUCUUGUGAGCACUUUCUCAUAAAGCAGCGACUGCGUAGUCUGAACUGGUAAAUAAAUAAAUAAAACAGAACUCACUGCUUUAUUGGGAAAAAAAAAAUACAACUAAUGACAUAAAAAAGUAUAGGAUACAAGAUAGAAUGUGUGCUGUUAAUACUAUCUCCUGUUUAUGGACCCCAAUCUGCAUGUUUCUUAUUCACCUUGUUGGUACCUUCCCCAUCUGUAGGUCAUGGAAAAAAUCAGUCUCUAAUUUCUGCAGCUGUCAAAAAUCAGUUGUUGUCUGAGAUGAAAUUGCCCCCAGUUGAUGUGCGUUGAGAGCUGCUGUUGCAUCGUACCAAGUGUGACCUUUGCAGCAUCCCUGUUACGUGCACCGCCAGCACGCUGACCACCAAAGCUGGGUGUUGAAGCUUUUAGUGAAAGGGAAGCAGCGGUUCCCUCCUGCAUACCUACCUGCUGUUGUUUCGUUUAAAGCAAUCGUGGAAAAAUCGCGGUGUGUCGGCACUGUGCACGCACAUAACUCUGUAGUGGGACUUGACAAUGUGACUUACUUGCUUCCUUGAUGCCUGUUUUGUCAUGGUAAAAUUAAAGUAAACGCCCUUGUCCCACGGAUCUGGAUCCACUGGUAUUUCCCACUGCUUUUGUGAAUGGUGUUGUGUUACCGAGCAAAACCUGUAACGUUUGGGCAAGAAAUCCCUAACGAGUAAAACACAGUGGUUGGUGAUUGGGGUAAUCCAAAUCUCCAGACCUGGGAAAUGGGUACAUUUAUGGUCCUUAGGCAGGCUGUACUGUAUCUGUCUGUAUAAGGGGUCGGAGCAAAAUUAUUUUUUCUCUUGUUAUUGGUUUAGAUCAGGGCGCUGCAGCUGCCCGUCUACAGGAUCUGCAGCAAAACAGUGUCACCUGGAUGUGCACACCUCCGUCUCUUGCCUUAAAUGGGUGUUUGCUUCCACACAAAGCUUUAAUCUUUAAUACUGUUAAGCAGCCACUCGAAACACAAACACUCAGCUAGAGUUAAUGAUCAGGAAGGAAUAUGAGGGCUCGAGUUGGAUCUCGACGUUGAGGAGCUGGGUGUGUAAACCAAACAAACCACACAGACAGAAUCGGACCCAGCUUAUCCCACGAACUAAAGCAGCAGCAGGGUUGGUAUCGUGUACACGUGGUGUAUUCCGCCCUCUGUCGAGCUGAUGCCAUUAUUAUACUUGUGUAGCAGUUGCAUUACUUAAAUCGAGAACCAGUUCGGAAGGCAAAAGGCAAUUAACAUUUGCAAGUCACGCCGCUUUCUGCAAAGAGGGAGACCCCACAGCAGUAUUUAAUUCCCGCUCUCCUACCAAAAAUGAAUUUGAGAUCUCUGCAUGGUUUUCCCUGCUCUCGUUCUUCUCCUGCAGAAAGUAGAUGGAAAUUUGCAGGCUACUCUUCUCUGUCCUCUUUCCACCCCCUAAGAUUUGGAUUGCCCUGCCUAUGGAUAACAUUUCAAUAUGCAUUAUGGUGCACUGUGAGUGAAUGUUGUAAAGUAACAUGUGAGUCGCAAGCAGUCCUCGCAGCUUUACGUGUGUGUCUACCUGAAAAAUUGCAUGCCUAACUGGUUUUGCAAAGGUAGAGAGUCUUUUUACUUUGCACACUAGUAGCUCCGAUACUAGUGUUACGUGAUAUCUGUGGAAAUAUUAAACUUUUUUUGAUGUGCGUUAA